AUGCACAAGUUCGGAAUCUCCUUCUUUUGGGCACUAGCUGCCUGUAUCCUGUGGCAAGGAUCAUUCGCAGAGGAUCAGUCGGGGUACAUUUGCCUGAUUGAGAAUCCAAAACAAAAUCAGUGCGACAGCGUUUGUCUUACUGAACUGAGCCCACGGCUUAGCGAAAUCGUCAAGGCCAAGAACCAAGGGAACACGAAAACCCGUGAAUCUGACAACGAAAUUAAAUCGAAGCUGGAGACAUUGGAGGUGAAAGGAGUGGAAGCUAAGCUGGAAAGGCAACUUCAGGUGCAAACCAAACUGGAGGGCCAACAAACCAAGAUGGAGGCUAAACUAGAAGAAAGUCUGAUGGUACUGACCAAUUUGAAGGACUCCCAGGCUAAACUUGAAGGAAGCCUUCUUGCGGUGCAGAAAAAUAUUGAAAACCAACUUCAGCUUGUUGUAAAUCAACUGCAGGCUGUGUCAAACAAGAUAGAUGCCAAGGUGGGAGUUCCGGCUUUAGUCACGAUUGCAAUACCAUUUGGAUUCGAGCGAAUUGGUUCUAGGUAUUUCCGAAUAGUAGAAGAAGAAGAUUCGAAUUGGGAGACUGCUGAGAGAAGGUGUCGUGAGAUGGGAGGUUACUUGGCCUCCUUUCGAAAUAAAGAAGAAUUUGACGCCAUUUUAGAUAAAAUUAGAAAAGAUAAGUGGUAUUGGAUAGGCAUUAAUGAUCGUAAAAAUGAGGGCCACUUCGUAUCUGUGGCCUCAGACAAGCCCGCACAAUUUUUUAAGUGGAGUACGGGUGAACCAAAUGACGAAAAUCAUGAGCAGAACUGCGUCGUUUUGCAUAAUGGUAAAAUCUGCCAGCCAGUGGCUGUGAUUCAUGGCAUUUCCCUGGCUGAUCUUGGCCUCGAACAGCAAUUGAACAUUAUGAUGAUAUUAAGCCCGAUGAGUGUGGGUGCCAAUCGGCCGGAAUGGUGA